CAUGGUGGCUAUUGGCAACAGGCUGGACUCAGCUACAUCCCAUACUCCCAGAUCUCUGCAAAAGCAGUGAAAGACACACGGAAAACAGAAUUCAAAGCAAAUGCCAAGAAGACUUCUGGCAGCAGCAUAAAAGUUGUGAAAGUGAAAAAGGAAUAAUCUACCCUGAGCAAAGUUUGAAAUGCUACAUUUUCAAAGUUAAGA